UAUAGAUAUAGACCCAGAAACCAACCCCUUUUCCUUUUCCCAUAUCAUAAAAGCUUUUCUCCAAUGACGACGAACAAUGAAUUGCCUGGCGUAGAGGACCCAAAUAAAAUCCUCUAUAAUUCGGUAAUCGAAAAGCUCAAAGAAAUUCAUCAGACAAACAAUUCGGAGGAUUCAUCGUUUUCUCAUCAGCUAUCGAUCCCUUGUAUUUACAAGGUCUCCAAAGAGCUUCGUAAACUAAACAAAAGCGCCUAUAACCCUUGCGUAGUCUCUAUCGGCCCAAUUCACUACAGCAAUGAUGAUGACGAUGACAAAGAGGAACAACAUCUGAAAGAGAUGGAGCACAUCAAAAUGGUUUACACAGGAGAGCUAUUUUGUCGAAUUGCCGGGAAAUCGGCGUCUCCGGAGGAUAAAGCAUAUUGGAUGGACAAAGCACUGAUGGAAUGUUCAGCCGCCAUGCUUCACUUUGCAGCCAGUGCCUUCAACUGUUAUGCCGAGAACCUGAAACGCAUCAUCGAGAAGAAGAUUCCUCAGCAUAGGCUAGCCCAGAUGCUGCUGAUCGACGGUUGCUUCAUACUCGAGCUUCUCUACAGGUCUUACACCGUGAAUAAUAAAAUUAUCCAUGGUGACCCUCUGUUGGGCAACAGUAUGUUCAGGUUGGGCAUCCGACACGACUUGCUACUUCUCGAGAACCAGCUUCCCUUCUUCAUCCUUAAUGAAUUGUUCAGCAAAACCAUCAAAACUAUCCCAGAUCAUCCAUGGUCAUCAUGCCCUCCCCUUACCCAGUUUGUCCUAUCAUUCUUUGGCGAUAUGAUGAAUUGCGAAAAUGAUGAUAUUCAUAGUACAACCAUAAAUCCAGAAAACGAUAAUUGUUUUCAUAUACUCCAUCUUUUACACAGUUGCUACCUACCUAGCUCUCACGAUGCUUCAGAACUUUCCCAUUUCUCGCAUCGCGCAUCGGACCUCAAUCGUGCUGGAGUCAAGUUCGUGCCCGGUGACGGAAAAGGCCAAUUCGACGUCAACUUCAAAGAAGCUUCCUUACUUCUAUGCUUGUGUGACAGUGCUAAGUUCGAAAUCCCACCUUUAUCUAUUGACGACCUCACAGAGCCCUUCUUGAGAAACCUCAUUGCUUUCGAGCAGUGUUGCUCUAACAUCAAGCGUCGUCAGUUCACGUCUUAUGCCUUUCUUAUGGAUUCGCUCAUCGAUUCUACUGCUGAUGUCGAAUUGCUCGAACAGGCUGACAUUAUAACUAAUUAUUUGGGUGCCAGUGAAGAGGCCUCGGUUCUGUUCAACAAUAUCUGCAAGUAUGCUGAAUUGGAAAUGUUCGAUUUUGCCAAACCCCGCAAAGAUGCGGAGAAUCACUGCGGUUAUCUGUGGCCGAGAUUUCUAACAUCGUUGAAACGCGAUUACUUCUAUAACCCGUGGUCGGUUAUCGCUGUUGUUGCAGCAUUUAUCUUGUUCGUCAUUGCAGUGGUGCAGACAGUCUACACACUCCUAACCUAUUACGGAGUAGAAUAUGGAACUGUGAGAGAGUCGUGUGAUAUGCAUUCAGUGUUAUGAAGUAUGUUUGAUUGUCCACCUUCCUAGCUAGAAGUUGGAGCAAGAAGUUGAAAAUAUGGGUUCAAUAAACGCUGCAAGUUACUAUAAGUUUGAAUGAAAUUGUUGUAUUGUAUUUAAUGUUUUUAUAUUGUCAAGUUUAUGUAUAUUUAGUUUAUGUAUUUCAGAGUUGUAAGUGUGCGAGUAAGAAGAAGAAUAAGGGAGUGAGAGUCUCAGAGAGAAUAAUUUCUUCUCUUGUAAGUUAUUAUUUGUUUCUGUUUGUUUGAGUCAAAUAUAAGUGUGUGUUUCAGAUUAGUAAAUC